AUGUCAACUACUUCUUCGCAGUCAACUGAAAAGCGCCAUAUGUCCCCUUAUGUACAUUAUCAUUGCUCAUGUCCUGAUUUAGUUAAAAAUGAUAAUGAUAAAAAAGAAGCAACAGAGCAUUGUCAUCAAAUACGUUGUCCAAGAUGUGUACAAGAAGAAAUAGUCUGUUAUUAUUGUCCCAAUUGUUUAUUUGAAGUUCCAACCGCUAGUGUAAAAAGUGAAAGGAAUAGAUGUGCAAGAAAUUGUUUUCAAUGUCCAAUAUGUCAAAAUACACUUUCGAUUGUUGCUUCCACUGAAUCAACACCAUCAUCUCUCACUUCUUCAACAGCACUAAUUACUAGCGCAGAUUCUACCACGAUUUCACCUGAGACAAUUAGCGGUGCACCAUACUAUUUUUCAUGUGGUGUUUGUCGAUGGGACUCGCAAGAAAUUGGAAUGACUUUUGAGAAAGCAACUGGACUAGCAUCACAACUUCAAAAAGCAGAAGACGAAAGACCUGAUGUUAAAGAAUUUGAUCAUCUCAAAGAACAUUUUGAAAAACAUUUACGACACACUACUCCAGCUGCAACAUUGCCAACAUCCAUUACAGGGAUAGGUAAUUUUAGUAGUAGAUAUGGUGGUGUGGCUAUUCCUGGUGGAUUAUCUCAUACCCAACAAAAAUCGGAUGAUCUUGCCCCAUAUGAAGCUGCCAUUAGAGUUGAAAAUGAAAGCGUAUUGGUUGAUGAUUUGGUUCAAUUAAAAGAUAUCAAUCAAAUUACAACGUUAAUGCAAAGGAUGAAUCAACUAAGCGAUCAACCAUACAAAGUAGAUCACCUUCAACCACAGCGUACACAUCUUCGUACAAAACGUGUUAAAAGAUGUAGACAAUGUCGUCACAUAUUAAUAAAACCUGAACAAAAAGCUCAAUCAACUAGAUUUAAAAUUAAACUUAUUGCUUUAGCCUACAUUCCAAAAAUUACUAUUAUGAGUCUACCAAAACUUAUACUAAAUCAAACCACCCAGAUUAUUUUAAAAUUUUCAAAUCCAUUGUACGAAGAAGCUAUAUUAGAUUUAGAUGUGCAAGAUGUAGAAUUUGGAAAAAUUAAAGUUCUUGCGCCGCAUUUUAGUAUUGCACCAUAUAAUGAAGUAUGGGAAUAUGAUGAACAAGACUCGAUUCCUUCAAAGUCUCGCUCUCAAAUAUCUGGUACACCCAAAUCUGAUAUUGGUAUUUAUGAAAGAAGAAGUAAUUCUACAAGCAUCAUUUUGGAAAUCACACCCGAAGCUGAAGUGGAAGAGUUUAAGUUUGCAUUAUUAGUUACUUGUACUAGCAAGAUUACUGAUGAUGAUAAUAUUGAAUCAUCAAUUUUAUCUACUAAUGCUACUAAGGCAAUCAUGCCGGAUUCUAAAUCUGAUGAUAAUGUUGACACUAAAACUGAAGAUAAUUCAAAUGAGAAACUUAAAGUUGAUUCAUCAUUAUCAUUUAAUGAGGAUAAUCAAGUUACGAAAAGUUUAUCAUUUUGGGUUGUAAUCGGGUUAGGAUCAGUGGUAAAUACUAGGCACACAAUCACUGGUUCUGUUAGAAUUUCUAGUAGUAUUAGUUUUUCAACUAAUUUAAAUUUAGAACAAACGACGAUUAUAGUAAUAGAUGGUAGUACAGGUAUUGCUCUUUUACCCGGUGAAAAAAUAGAAUUUAUAGAUAAAACAAAUGCGAUCAAAUUAUCUAAAGAAACUUCAAAUGGAUUCAUUGAAUGCGGAUAUGAUGAUGAAUUUUGCGGCCAAAAGGAUAUUGUAAAUGAAUCCAUUGUAUUGAUAACAAAUUAUAGAACAUGUUAUCAUCCCAUAAGAAAUCACUCUGAUAACCUUUCCUUGACGUCUUUAACCACCGAAUCAACUUCAAUAAUUUCACUCACCAUUCAAAUUCCUCACCUUUCUGUUUCCUCAUUAGAAGAAUCACAAUCACAAAUUACAAUAUCACUAAAAUUUUUUCCAUUUAGAUAUUUAUUCACUUUUCCAAGGUCUAAUUCAACAAAGUUUUCUGGAAAUACUGUUAAUCAAUAUUUAUGUGUGGAAUUUGGUUCUAUCUUAAAAGAAAAUGUAAAUACUGUUGUAUUGGAAGAUGUUUUUGCUUUUCGUAUGGGAGAAAGUUAUAUUUCUCAAAGCAAUGAUUUUGAUCACAAUAAUAAUAGCGGUCUCGCGGGAAAAACAACUAGAAAUAAAAAUGAUAACAAUAAAAACAAAACCAUCAAGAGAAGAAAAAAUCAUGAUAAAAUAUUAUCAGAAUUAUUUUCAGAAUUAAGUAAUGAUAAUAAUGAUUACGAUGUAGACGAGGAUGACAAUGAUGGAAUGGAACAUGAAAAUCAACUUGCCUGCAAAGGAAUAAAUGAAGAAAUAUUUCAAUGUUAUAAGAAAUUAGGGUGGACAUCAGGUUAUCAAAUUGAGAAGGAGUUUAAACGUUUGAAAUUGGAUAAUGAAUCAUGGUAA